AUGGCUACUCAAACAGGAACCCAAGACGAAAUCCAAGUGGAUCCCAAUGCAGACAUAAUGGAUUGUAGGUUUAGUCAAGAUGCAUCAGCCCAAUCUGUACUAGAUAUGCGAGAUGCAGAGACGCAAUCGAUCUUAGGUUCUUCAAAAAACUUAAGCACUACCGCAACUCAAACGGAUAUUGGCAGCCAGGAACCUAAAAGAGGGGUCCUCAUAUCGAAAACACCAAAGAAAGAUAAGCCUAGAGACGAUGAUGAAAAUGCUUCGAAAUCGAGUUCUUCGUUGCGAAAAUGUUUCUUUAAGCGUCCAUUAAUCGUGGUACAAGGGGGCUCUAUCCUGUCCCCUGAUCUAACAAUGACAGUUUUUCAAUCUGAAAGAGAACAAUCACACCCGUCCCAUUUAGUUACAUCUCAUAAAAAAGAUAAGGAAACUCAAUAUGAAAACCCAAUAUCAGCUAAAGAAGAAAUAUUGCCUUCGGGACAAUCUUCCUGCUCAAAAAUUCUCGAUAAGGUACAGGAAUUGGAAACAAAGUUGGAGAGACAGGAGCGGUCUUUGAAAGAUCUUCAAGGUUCUUUAAGGUCAUGGAAAGCCCAGAAAUGUAAGCCCUCUGAUUGUAGGGCAUUAUUUGAAGGUCAACCAAAGCAUUGCGAAUUGCCAAGAAAACCUGCAACCUCUGAUGAGGCAUCUCAGAGUAAAGAAGAUGAUUGCGAAUGUAGAACUUUAUCCAAAGAAUUUAUACAAAUAUUUAUAAAGCCUGAAGCGAAUCAGGCUAAGAAAUCAAAUAGUAUCGAAUGCGGAGUAAGUUCUCCAAGUAAGAACCCAAAACCAAUUGCCACAAAGUGUGGUAGGAAUGAUGAGGGAAAAAUUAGCCAAUUGUCCUUUUGCAAGACUGAUAAAAAAGAGAGCUGUAUGAAAAUCAACCGAAAUUCGGUUACGAUUUCGCCGUGCUCAGAAGACACAGAUAAUUUUCUGCAACAAUUCAAUCGAGUUUUUGCAAAAUCUAACAGUGAAGAAACGGUUUGUGGGAAAUCUUCCAAGAUUCCAGAAUCAAAUCAAAAGCAUACGACCCAAUCUUCUUGCUGUUCAAAUCCUUCAAUGCAAAACUUGAAGAACCAAGACGUUACCCCUUGUUGCGUUAAAGUGGUUGAAUGGGUAACCGAUCCCAAUGCCGAAUGUUUAGAUACAAGAAAGGUUUCUUCUACAUCUUGUUUGGAGACAAAAAAAUGUUUGAAACAAUCGCAAUCAUGUGAAACUGUGGAAAAUGAAGUCUACAAGACCUUGAUCGAGCAGUUCAUUAAUCUGUUUACAAAAUCAAAGACUUGUGAAAAUAAACAAGCUCAUAAAGAGGAACCCGAACCUUAUUCAUUUGAUAGAUUAUUGGCAGAACUAGUAAAGUUAUUUGCAAAACCCAAGUGCCUGGAAGCAAGUGAUGUUAAGGAGGAGGAACGUUCCAAAAAGGUGACCAUAUCAGAGAAGGAAACGGUUUUUGGAGAUGAACAAACGCAGCCAAACUGCAACUGCUCAGAUGCCCAGAUGCGCAAUUUUAAAUCCACUUCAACCCAAUCGGAUCUUAAGAUAUCCGAUAUGAGCUUAGAUUUAAAAAAGCGAGAUAAGAAACAAUGUGAAUCUGGCAGCACAUCUACAGUAAGCGAGAUUGGUAGCUCCAGUAUGUCUGUAAGGAACACCAAGUCGGAGAAUCAAUGCCAAUUCUGUGGCAAUGGCAGUCUGCCCGUGCUGGAUUCUCUAUCGAGUGAGCUAUUCCAUCUAAUUGGGCCCAGGCCCUUCGAUGACGUAGUGCUCACCAUACUCCGGCAACGUGGUAAUGUCUACCAUAUCAACGUUCGUGAGAUGGCGACUGGGAAAGUCCUUGGUUGCGUACUAGCCAAUGGCACUGCGAUCAAUGAAGCCAUCGCCCUUGGAUUGUUCGAGGAUAUUCAUACAUUUUGUGAACUGGACCGACACAGAGAGCACGAUCCGAGGGAUUGCCCAUUGGGUACAAAUCUCGACGCGCUUUGUCCACGAGAACGUGGAGGUGAGUUUAUGCCAGAUAAAGAUGUUGAAAAAGCCAGGGCCAUCGAGUUCUCCACUCGUGUGCUGGGAGUUCCUGCUGGUCAAGCGGGUCGAUUCUUUUCCCUGACCAACGCUCUCAAAUUGGCCAAGAAAUCCCCCUAUCAUAGUUUGGAGGCUUUCAAUCAUCGUGAAAAGACCAGAAAAAGGGUUUGUAUUGGCCGAGGAGCAGUCACCGGGAACUUAGUUUACAUGAGCAGUGAUGAACCAUCUUCUGUUACGGAUUGCAACAAACUGGGCCAGACAUCGAGCCUAUUUCUUCGCAUAGUUUCUGGCCAGGAUAACGAUGUUCAAGAAGACGAGUAAAAAGUUGAUGAGUUCCAUCAAACUCGCUAAGCUUGUAAAAACUAAAUGUUUUUAUUUAUUAAACAAGCUGUUGGUAGAAUUUUCUAAUGCACUAUUUUUGUAAACCUUUUUGAAAAAUACAUUUCAAUAUAUUUCGCUUAAUAAGUUUUUGAUUUAUUUAAUUGAAGUCCAA